AUGCAAUAUGUUAACGGACAUGAUAUAGCAACACAGAGUAUUACCGAGGUUCAGACAUUGGCAUUGUCAAACAGAAUUCCAUGGACUCGAUUACAAGCCGAAUCAUUUGAUCCGGACUCUUCGAUUUGGGGCUACCAUAGUCACGAAAAGGGUAUUUAUCUAAACAGAGGUAUAUGUGAUUUCAACAUAUCCCCAGAAAAUAUGUUUGAACUUCUUUAUAAUUUAAAAUCUAGAACUCAAUGGGAUAUACAUUGUAAAGAAGCAGAUAUUAUGGAAGAAUAUGAUCAUUUAAAUCAUAUAAUUAGAAUGAUGAUGACACAUCCAUUGGGAACCAUUAAAAUGAAUCUUUAUCGUAGUUGUCGAUAUGAUCCUCAAAAGAGAUUGUAUGUGAUUGCAAUGCGAUCCAUUGAAUUGGAUGACCAUGAUCCAAUGGAAAAUUGGUUUGAGUGUUUACCAAAUGGUUGGAUCAUUCAAGGUGUAGAUGGAAGUCGUGAUCGAUGUAGAUUAAUAUUUGUUCAACAAUGUCAUAUGCGUGAUAUUGAACUUCAAUCAAUUCCUGGUUACAAAUCAUUUGAAACAAGUGAACAAUUAGGGGAUUUUCAUUAUUUGACAAUAUUUCCUGCAAGUGUUGGAGGUAGAUUAGGAAAGAUUUUCGAAUGUUUGAAGGAUUUUAUUCUACUCAAUGUCAAACAAAUUGAAAUCAAAGAUACUCGAUUAAAAAUACUAGAACAAGCUGAAAGACAGGUCAAUGAAAUGUUUGGUACUUCAACAAUCGAUUAUGGUUUCACUAACGGCGGCCAUCCAGGCACAAUUCCAGCAGCAGAGAAUACUCCAUUUGCAACAGCAGCAGAGACAGCGGUACCCGUCAAUCCAGUCCAAGCGUCCAGUCCUUCGCAUUGCCUCGAAUAUCGCAAAGGACGGCCACGGACAACACCUCCAACAACAACAACAAGAUGA